ACGAGCAGGGACAGAAGUUGGGCAUGAGACAAGCAGACCUGGCCGACAUGCGUGGAGUAUGUGUGGAUAUGUCUCCAAGUUGAAUGGUUGUGUCUGCCCAUUCAGUUCACAAUGCAAACCCGCAGCAAGUGGGAGAGAGAAGUAAAGGAAGUGGCGGUGGAGAAUGAAGGAAUCAAUGGUGGAGGGAGGCUUGGAAGGGGGUGCAAGGUGGAGAGAGGUUCUGGGGUUGAGAUGAGUGCUGGUGUGCGGUGCUCUGGAAGAGGAGGUUUUCGGCGAGAAAGUGUUCGGUAUCUGGAUGCCGAUGAUUCAACGGCUGACAGCGAUGAGUCUGAGGAUAGUCAAGUCAAUACGAUGAAGCUUGAACUGACCGACAUUGACGGAGAAAGUAACUGUAAUGGUUAUGAAGAUUGGGAGAAUGGCUCAGACGAGGUGGCCAUGACAUUGACAUUGUUGGAUCACAUACCAUUGGAUGGUGAAAAUGCAAAUGGAAUGCUGAGUGAGUUGAACUUCCCAUGCUGGGCUUCUGAGAUGGGCCCAACAAUCGGAGAGGGGAAUUCCAAGAAGGACGGGUGCAGCCACAUUGUCUCGCCGAAGGGGUACACAAAAUGCCUAGGGGGGGUCCUUGGGGCAACCACUGGCAGCAGCAAAAGAAUGGGAAAGGUGUCGACGGUGCUCCAGGACCUGCCAGCGCAGCCUGACAAGAACAGCAGGGCUCUUCCGUCACAUUUGGCUGAAGUUAAGGCCCUUUACGAAAGCUGCACGAAUCUCCAAACUGUGGAGAGUAAGACUACGAAGCGCUCUCAGAGACUAUCUGAAGAGGGAAAGAGGGAUAACAUUCUUAGCUGUCAAGUGGCAGCGAGUCUGGAUGGAUUCCCACAUAAUUGGCAUCAUGAGCGUCUAUCGUCCGGGAGAAAUGGAAGGUCUCGACACACCCCUCAGGAAACAGAGAACGAGCUGGCGCUUAUUGCCAGGGACCCUCCAUUACUCAACACCUCACUGCUAUCUUCUGCUGGUGCGCGGCGUGCAAGGUCAAAGAGGACAUCAAUCAGCGGGUCGGGCAACAAGCAGGAGGAUGAAGAGGAGGGAAGAGAGAAGUCAGCCCCAGAGAAAAAUAUGGAGCGAUCGGUGGUGGGCAACGAAAGUACUGCCGGGGAUGCAAAUAAGGGAGCGGUUGUGGUCAAAGGGAGCCAAGGAGGGAGUGUGGGUGGCGAUGGAACAGAGCAGCAUUAUAUCUCAAACAGUAAGGUGCUGGGGCAAGAAUGCAGUCUGGACAGGGACUGGGACUCGUGGGUCGGGAAAGGUGACGAGAGUGACAGGUUGUACUGUGGCGGUCUUGGCUUGUCUCCUCGUGCAAUCUCAGGAGGACAGGAAGUGGAGCCACAGGAGGAGAAGAAGCAGGCGGGAAAAAUGGAAGACAGGAAGGGGGCAAAGGAAGCAGAAACGGGCAUUGCUACUAGGGGGUUCACGUGCCUAUCAAGUUCGGAGGUGGAGGGUAAUCAGAGCCUGCUGGGAAGGGACGACUAUGGAGGAGCAGGGGGUGGAAGGCUCAGUACGAGUCCGCAUGAGGCUCAGGCUCAGUAUGUCAUAGACGAUGCUGUCAUUCCUUGUGAACUCGAGAGACAUGGCAGUGGCUCCGUGCACGAGGAGGAAGAGGAGGGUAUCUCUGUCGAGCAGAGUCUGAUUCUGUGGCGUACCACUGACCCAAUAAUCGAACCGGCCGGAACAGGUUUACCUUUUUCGUCGUCUGCUCCUCACGGCAUGCUCAUAAACCCGUUGCGACCCUGUGGGGACGGUACUGUUCAUGACGGUACAGAAGAACAUUACCCACAUCACAAUGGGAGGAGGGUUAACCCUUACAAGAAAGGAGUUGAUGAGUGUUCAGGAGAAAGGAGCAUGAGCGGUGGGCAACGUGCUUGCUGGGAUGAACAGCCAUCACUAAAAGCAGCCAAAGCCAAUAACAAGGCAGAAGAUGAAAUAGGAGUAAGAAGCACAGGAGACAGACUUAGAACUGCAGAAAGCAGGCAUGUGCAACGUUGUAACUCUGGAAGUGUUUGUGGUGAAGUGCCAAGGAUUUCAACAGUCGACACUUCAGGGAAGUUUCUUAGAACUGUCCGAUCCCAUGGACUGUACCAGUUAACCUGCCUUCAAGAGGAUGGUAGAAGAAGCUCUCAAGAAUCUCAACUAACUGCUAACGCUGCAGUUUCCAAGUCAUUGUCAGCCAGUGGUCUCGAUUCUCUCGGUGCUGCAGAUCCGAUGGUGCAGAGUCUGAUCUGUGAAGACAUUGACGAAGGCAGCCGUUAUCUCUUCUGCAGCACACAGUGGAAACCUUGCAGAAGCUCCAUUAUCCCACCUUUCGUGAAUGGUAAGGAAGAAGGGACGACCGCCACAGCAGAUCUGUCUCAACAUGCAGCUCGACCAUCAAUGGAGGUUCAACCUGAUGGAAGUGUUUGUGCGAAAAGAAGCAACAAUGGAUGUUACAGUAGUGAUGAUGCCGAAGCUAUGGAUCUGUCAGCACCUGGGAAUGCUGAGAUUUCCGACGGCGAGCAUAGAAAGCAAAUACAUCGUCGUCACGAGCGUAGAGACACUCCUGGCUGUAGCUGGAAGGGCGGAAACCAGCACGGCGUGUUUGAGUGCCGUGACAGUCUUGUCCAAGCUGCAUGUCCUGCUGCUGCUGCUGCUGCUGUUUCUGAUCAGACAAUAAAUGGCGAUGAUGGUGGUGGUGGUAGCGAUGAUGAUGAUGGUUAUGCUCAUGACGAUGGUAACGAACACAAAGCUGGGUCUUAUCUGCAUUCUGAAGGGAAGAGAGGUGGUGGCGCAAGGGGUAGAAUGCAGACCGAAUGCAGAACUAGAGAAGAUGCCAUGAAAGCAGACUGUGGCAGUGACCUAACUACACACAACUGCAAGAGUGAUGGGAGAUGUAAAAAGGAAGAAAGUGUGGAGUCCGCAGCAAAAAUUCAUUCGACAGGGAGAGUUGAGGACAAUUUCGAAAAAAGCAAAAGCUUGAAGGAGGUAAAGGAGAUGACAGAGGAAAGGAAGAGGAAAGGGGUAGAGCAGGAGGAAGAGGAGAAGGGGUGCAAGGAGAAAGAAGAGCAAGAAAAGGCGGAUGGGAAGGAGGAGUGCAAGGAGAAGAAGGAGGAUGCGAAGGAGGCAACGGAUAAGAAGAGCAAGAGGGAGGGCGACCACAAGGAGGAAGAGGAGGAGGAAAAGCGUGAGAAAGAGGAAGAGAAGGGGGCAAGGGAAUCAGAGGAAGAAGGUGAUCAGGAAACACGCAGAAUACGAAGAUGGCCAAGGGUUCGGAUAAUACAGCGCAAUGGAGAGCAAGUGGGUGGUGGUACAAGUCCUGUCUGUAAGGAGAAGUUGGGCUGCAGUGAAUCUACGUACGAUGGACCAAGGGAUGAACCCUCUCCAAAGAAGGAGCAAAGGAUGGGCCAAAGGAUAGAUCAGGUAGCUGCUCCAUCCUUUGGUCGGAUUGGUCCUUCUGCAGGUAAUCUGUCCUUCGAGGGGGAAAAUGAGACGGAGCUAGGCUCAUUGCUACACGAGGAGCUACGACAUCAAGAACACAGGUCUGCCAAGGGGUCUAGUAGGGAAAUGGAGGAAGGAUGGGCAUCAACAAGGCACGAGCUUUCCUCUGGACAUGGUCAGUUCCAUGAUGCCGCUAGAAGAGACUCCCCUAGAAGAUUGCUGGCAUGCUCUAUAACUGACACCAAAACUGAAACCAGGACCAGAGAUGCAGUAGAAACUCCCAAGUCUUUUAGGUCUAUUGCUAGCAGGGUAUCAUGGGAAUCAAGAGAUUGGCGGAGCAGCGCUGCUGCAUCUGAUGUUGUUUCUGCAUUGGGCGCUAAGCGCAGUCCCAAUGGACGACUGUCAGAACAAUUGCAUGCUGCUCACAGAACCCACAAUAAGCACAAUGAACCUCACAGGAUUGCAGUCACACAACGGCGGGAUCAACAUCCAAAUCCUCAUUCAACCAAGGGAUCGGUCAUCGAACCAGUACCUUCGAAUCGACGGAUUCCAAACAGCCGACACCUUCAGGAUGUAACAAACAAAAUAGUAAAAGCGGACAAAACAGCGAAAACAGAUAAAAUAACCAAAACAAACAAAAUAGUCAAAACAGAUAAUAAAGUCAAAACAGUCAACGGUGGCAAAGAGACGAAGAAGCAGAAGAGUGGGGCGGAGUUUCGACAAGUAGCUAACCGCACCACAGCAAAAGGCGGUACUGGUACUCCUGGUAGUAAAUCAGGACCAGGGUUGAAGGUGGGGGGAGUGAGGAAUGUGAGGAGCCAUGCGAGGCUUUCGGAUGACGAACAAGUCACAAUCGGUGGUCCCGACACUGUCAGGCAGAGCACCACGGUCACACUGAGGGAGAAAGAACACCAGUCAGCCCACACACACAUGACGGGUGCCAUGCCCCCGGAACAAAGACUCAGCGUGUCCUCAGAACUGGUGGUGGCUUGUCCCAAGGAUAAAACACUCGCCAAUGGGAUCUCAAUGCCGUUCAUUGACGGAACCUCGGGGGUUCCACGUGGUCCAAGGUCUUCACCGGGCUCAGGUCCCACUGCAGGUCAAACAUUGAUCGACCUGUUACCAAUUUUCGACCCUCAGUCAACAUCAACAUCGAUUGAAAGUCAAGCCCAGACUUGCUCUGGAGCACAGGUAGCUUCCAGAUCGCAAUUCGAGAUGGAGCAACUGUCAACGAGAACCCUUGGAUAUCGAUCGCAAGCAAACAUGGAAGCCGCGCGAGGAAUGACAGGUUUUGGUGUGCGAGACGAGGCAUCAACUCUUUCGGAAACCCCAGCUUCUACCUUGCUUAUCGAUCAUAUUGGUCCUUUUUCGCCACAGAGCAGCUCAGGACAAGGCUACGGUCCUGGUCUUGUUCCAGCGUCAGAUGAGUCUUGCAAUGUUGUUGUUGAGGAUGAGAACACAGGUUCGAAUUCGAUUCCAAAACCCUCAUCAUCUGUGCUCCUCCCAUCUGCAGCCGUAGGAUCAGAGCAACUGAAGGACAUCCUGGAGUACCUGUCGAAGAUGACUGAGAUCCAGCUGCCGAAGUCCCAUCCUUGGUCCCCCCAUCUGCCAGCUAGCGUAAAUGAUUUUGCCGCGAAGUCGAGUCAAUCAGAGAAACCCAAAGGAAGUACAGUUGAUAGUCUUCAAAUUGCGAAUCCAAACGGUGCCACAGUUCAUCCACCGAGGGUCCAACUCCAAUCAGCGGCCCACCGACACCCACAAACGGCUGAGAAUCAAGGUCACAAGGACGAUGGAACUACCGCGACCAAUGGAUGUCCUCGACCUGGCGGACAUUUCAACGACCAAACAAAAAAGGAGGGAUCUGAAACUGGAAUCAGCAAUCUUCAUUCUCAAAUCGCCAGCUGCAACAGUAAUAAGCGAGGUGUUGAUGACAGUAGCAACAUGGCGCCUGCCACUCCCUUUCAGCUCCAUCAACUCCCAGUCGACCUGGCGACCGGUGGCACUGCCAUAGUAGCCAUACAUGAUGGUUGCAGAUCUGAAAGCUCUGGUUGCUUACUGCCUGUGAAGGGAGUGGCGUAUGGAAAAUUUGCAACAUCAAUUCACAUCCCAAGCUCCAUAGAAACUGAGAAUGUUGAUUCCAGUGUCUCAAGGAGUGAUUCGAUGUCGGUGUUGAUGGGACCCGAUGCUUCGAUUCUGAGUUUGCGUGGUGGGGGGUCAAACCAGUCCAGUGAAAUUCAGGUUGGAACGGACAGAAGUGAAAGCUGCAGCAGUUGGACAUCCAGGGGAGGUGGAGGUGGUGGUAUGUACUGUUUGACUCAGACCGCUGACCUGGAUAGGAGUUGUUCCCUUGCUAUCAGUGUGUACGAUGGCGUGAAAGCCCGAAUGAAGAGCUUGAAGGAUGAGCUCUUGAAGCAGGAGGGAUAUAUUCAGGAGCUCAAAGAUGAAAGGGAACGUCUUUUGAGGGCGCAUGAGCGAGAUAUGAUGAGAGAGAGAGAGCAGCACUCGCUACAAAUGCAGAAUCAAAAACAUGAAAACGAAUCGACUGUGCAACACCAUUUAGCACUGAUGGACAGAUUACUGCGCGACAAAGAGGAGCUGACGGCCAAAUGCGGUCAAUUGACACAUGAUAUAAGGAUGGCAGAAAUCAAGGACGACGACGACGAUGACAACGACAACGAUGAGGAAGACGACGACGACGGCGACGACAACAACAAUGACGACGACGACGACGACGACGACGGCGACGACGACGACGACGACGACGAAGAAGAAGAAGAAGAAGAAGAAGAAGAAGAAGAAGAAGAAGAAGAAGAAGAAGAAGAAGAAGGAGUGGUUCCUCCUGCAGAUCACAUUGUGAUGGCAAUUGCACCACAAUUUAUCAUCUUCGCUGAUGUACAAGGUGACGACUGUUGUGCUCCUGUGCUUCAUUUUGUUCAGCAAAAAGAGAGCUGGAUGAUCGCUGAGAAAGCAAAGAGGGAAGCAUGGGCGACCAACAAAGCCAAGGAACUGAAGGAGGUCACAAUCAGAGGGUUGGAGCCACAUAUCCAACGGCUCAUGCAGAGGCACAGAACGGAGAUCGAGCGAUGUGAAGCGAAGCAUGAAACUCAACUAAGAAUAAAGUUGGAUGAGUUGAGGCAAUGCUGUGAGAAAGAGAAGAAGGAGAUUGAAAGCCAGUUGCUGAAGGACCAUGCUGAAGCUGUACAGAGGUUGGAAUCAGUGAACCAGUCUAGGCUUUCGGAGAUGGAAAAAAGGGUGAAGAAUCAAGUAACUGUGCAGCACAUGAGGGUAAUCAAGGAUCUGACAGCCCAAAUUGAGAGCAUGGAAGCCAGUCAUAGGCAGGACAGGAAGAAGUUGCAAAUGGAUCUACAAGAGAGAAUGAGAGAGAGUGCUCAGAGGGAGGAGGAGAUGCGUGCAAAAGUUGCGGCAACGAUUCAGGAGAUUAGCCAGCAGAAAGAGGCGGAAUUUGAAAUGCGAAAGGGGAUGUGGGAGGAGGAGAAGUCAAAAUGGAAGCAUAGCUUUGAGGAAUCGAUGGCUGUCAAGUUGCAACAAAUGGAAAACGAAAUGAAGGAAAGGGCCACAGCGGAGCGAGACGAGGAGAUCGAUGUCAUCAUUACAAGAAUGGAGGACGAAAACGCUGAGGCGAAGUCGCAGAUGCUCAAAGAAAUGCAAGAGGCAACAGCAGAGUUGCAAAAGUCCCACAGGCUAAGAAUGAAAGAGAUGGAAGGGGAGAUAGCAAAGCUUACGUCAAAGUAUCAGGAGGCACUGGAGGGAAAAGUCAAUGCGCUUCAGGCUAAGUCUGCUGCAGAAGACCAUGCGCGUGAUCUGAAGGAGGAACUCUUCGCAAAAGACGAAAAAGUUGCAGAGCUGGAAAAGGAGCUAGAUGCAGAGCGAGCCAAGUUACGGGGAUUGCAGGCGUCCGUUCAAGAAGAGCAGAGGGUGCAGGAAAUUGAAAAGGUGCAACAAAUCGAAUGUCUCCAAAUGCGGCUACAGGCGUGCAGCAAAGAGAUCGAGCAGAUGAAACUACAGAAGGCGGACGAGCUUGCGGAGGUCGAAAGGAGAGUAAAGCAAGUAAUCUCCCAGAAAGAUGACAUCAUCAACAAUCUGCGGCAACGCAUGGAUGCCACAAGUCAACAACUAGCUUUUACAGAAAAAGUGUUGUACCAACAAAAGAAAGAAAUUUUGGAACACCCCAACUUGUGACGUCUCCCCCUCCCCCUCUUCCCCCCCCCCUCUUUUACAAUUUCUGAUUGUAUAAUAAUCUCAGAUACCUGCGACAAUG